AUGGCUCCUACAGCGAUCACCAACGGAUAUGGUGGCAUGUAUCUCCCCGCCGAUGGAAGCAUUGAUCCAGAGAUCUCUGGGCAUGAAGUGCGACCCGAAGUCAAUAACUCGUCUCCCGAUGAUGUGGAAAUCUUGGAACAACUAUAUGGAACUCGCAAGAAAAUGCGGAUCGCUGUUCUGGGCGCUGGAAUGUCUGGCUUGAACUUCUUCAAGUUUGCCGAGGACAGACUCAAGAAUGUCGAGAUCAUCUGCUAUGAAAAGAAUGCCGAUAUUGGAGGAACCUGGUAUGAGAAUCGUUAUCCAGGGUGUGCUUGCGAUAUACCCAGUGUGGUGUACCAGUUCCCGUGGCGCCCUGCUUCUUGGUCGAAGUACUACUCCUACACGCCGGAGAUCUGGGAGUAUCUGAAGAACGUCGAGCAAGAGAAUAGUUUCAUUGAGAAAUAUGUCAAGCUUCGGCAUCAGAUCAUGUCCCUUUCUUGGGAUGAUGGGACGGCUCAGUGGACCAUCCGCGUACAGGAUCUCGAAACGGGUCGAGAACAUGAAGACCAUGCGGACAUCGUUAUCGAUGGCGGCGGUGUAUUGAACAAAUGGAAAUGGCCAGACAUUCCAGGUCUCCAUGAUUUCAAUGGCACCCUCCUCCAUUCUGCCCAAUGGAACCAGAACACAGAUCUUACCGGCAAACGAGUUGCUCUUGUUGGCGCCGGGAGCAGUGCGGUCCAGAUACUACCCAACAUCUACGACAAGGUCGGUAAGGUGUACACCUGGGUUCGAUCCAAGAUCUGGAUCACGGCCGGGUUUGCGCAGAACUUUGCUGGGAAGGAUGGCGCCAACUUCAUCUACAAUGAUGAACAACGCAAGUUGUUUGAUGAUCCGGACGAGUUCUUGGCUUACUGCAAGUUCAUUGAAGGCGAACUCAAUCAGAGAUUCGGCUUCAUCAUCAAUGGAUCACCGGCUCAGAAGGCAGCGCGUGAGUUCUCCGAGAAUGAGAUGAAAACACAUUUGAAAGACCGACCAGAGCUACUGGAGAAAAUCAUGCCUACGGACUUUUAUGUGGGCUGCCGCCGGCCAACGCCCGGGAAUGGAUAUCUCCAGGCCCUUACUGGAGAGAAGACACAGGCCUACACCUCACAGUUGCAGCGCAUCACAGAGAAGGGAUUCAUCGACCCGGAUGGAAACGAACAGGAAGUGGACGUCAUAAUAUGUGCGACAGGUUUUGACACUUCGUACAAACCACGGUUCCCUUUGAUCGUCAACGGGUCAGACAAACGGGAGGAAUGGAAAGACCACCCACAUGUUCCAUCAUACCUGAGCCUGGCAUUGGCGGGAGUGCCGAACUACUUUGUCUAUGGAGGCGCCUAUUGUCCCUCGGCUCAUGGAUCAUUCUUCCCGCUCAUUCAAGGAUACUGCAAUUAUACCAUCCAGGUAAUUGAAAAGAUGCAAAUCGAAAAGAUCCGCUCCCUGAGACCCAAAGAAAAGGUCAUGGAGCAUUUUAUACGGCACGCCGACUCGUUCCUGAAGCGGACAGCAUGGACCGGUCCAUGCUCCAGUUGGUUCAAAGGGGGUAAAGUCGACGGCAAACCAGCCAUAUGGCCAGGUUCUCGGCUCCAUUUCCUCCGAUUCCUGGAAAAGCCACGGUAUGAAGACUUUGAUAUAGACUACGACGACCCGGAUGACAUGUUCAGCUUCUUUGGUAACGGCUUCCACGUCUGCGAGAGGAAUGGCAGUGAUAUCACGUGGUACCUGGGUGAGCCUAAGAAGGAGGUGGACAUGGAGAAGGUCCAGCGAGUGAUGGAAGGGUCGAAAGGGAUCGAAUUGAAGAGGCCAUGGGAGUAG